GGAAAAACGUUCGCCGUCUGUGGGAAUCGAACCCACGACCACAUGGUUAAAAGCCAUGCGCUCUACCGGCUGAGCUAAGACGGCUCGACAAUCUUUCUUCACGAUUUAUAUAUAGCUCUUGUACACACUUUUUUAAAACAACAAGACCAAGCUCAAAAUUUUUAGGCUAGUCGGUCACCGCUGGGUGCAGAGCAGAAGAAACCGCAGCUUCUCCAGCAAUGGCCGAAAUCUCAGAAGCUCAUGACUCCGAUUCCUCCAAAUCAACGGACAAUGCUAGUGAAGCACCAACUCAACCCGAAUCGGAGCCUGAGUUCAACCCGAAGUUAAUGCGUAAAACCAAACCCGGAUUGAAGCGCCUUUUCCUUACCUUCUCCGUUCUCUUCUCUUUCCUCCUAGGUUUGCAAUUCUUAUGGAAAUCUGUCGAGAUCUACCGUUCUCCGCUUCCGUUUCGCGAAAUCGACUCGCUCUCGACUCAGCUCGGCUCGGAUCAUUUAAUCUUCCCGCUCCAUUUCCAUGCCCUUUUCGUCGGCUUCGACUCCGAUCCAGAUCGCCUCCGUCUGUCAAUCCUCUCCGAAAUUACCAAGCUAACCUCUCAAAACCCUAAAUGCUCCCAUAACUACACUCUCUCCGUCACUGUCGACUCCGGCUCCCAUUGCCUCCACUCCCCGACCACAUCUCCACAUUCGUGUUCAUACCAGUGCGGAUCGAUUACCGCCAUUGAUUUUGAUCAGAACGAUGACGUGGCGAUCGAUGAAAGGUUGGUGCCAGUUUUUGGUGGGAAAACUAAUGAGUACAGUGUGGUGGUGGUGAAGGGUGAGAGUGAAAGAGCUGUUGUGGGGAAGAAUAGGCGCGCGUGGGUGGUUGUUGGCAGUGGCAGGGAGGUGGAGAUAGCUGUGGUGAAGGUUGCUGAGGUGUUGGUAAAGGUGUUUGUGAAUGGAGGGAGAGAGGAAGGGUCGAUUCGCAAUGAGUUUAUGCCUGUGGGAGCUGAUGGGAGGAUCGUUCUUUCGUUCAAUUUGCUCAAUGCGGAUCCACGUGAUUGGGUUUAUGAUUGGGAUUUUCGAAAGAUUGAUAAUAAUUUAUUGGCCCCUAUGAUUGAGGCUUUGGGGCCUGUGGCAAACAUCAGUGUAGAAAGUCAGGUUUUGUACCACACACCAAAGGCCUCAUUCUCGUAUUGGGAUCAACAGUUGCAGAGCUAUGUCUUUAGUACCAAAGAUCUUCCUUUCUUUGUAAAUUCUAAUGAAUGGCACUUGGAUACUUCAAUUGCGGCUGGUGGACGAUCAAAGAUACUGCAAUUUGUGGUAUAUGUACCAUCUGCAAAGGAAUGCCCUCUUCUUCUCCAGCUGCCAAAUGGGGAGAUUUCUAAUACAAAUGGCUUUAUAUCCCCAAUGUGGGGAGGUGUUAUUGUUUGGAACCCCCAGGGAUGUCUGAAGGAUGAUAACAAGCCCACUGCCAGGCGCACAAUUCCCAUGCAGGAUCUUGAGAACAUGUUUGAAGUGUUCACUGGGCAGUUUCGGCAACUUUUUGGAUUCAAGUCUGUCAAUAUUUAUGCUGGUGCAUCGGGCGUUUGGAACCUUUUACCUAGCGAAAGAGGUUUUACUGAGUGGGAAUUGGAUGUAUUGUCACGGCAGCACACAUGUUUUAAUCUUCAUUCAUGUGCUUCAACACUUGGAUCUCUCUCAAGAUUGGUUCAAUCACUGCCGAGGAUGAUUAUUAUGGAUGAGAUAGGAAAACAGGUGAAGUUUUCUCUUGAGGCAGCAAAGCUGGCGCAAAGUAAUGCUUCUAAUGGAGUAUAUGAAUCUUCAGCUGACUACCCUAGCAAACAAUUUACACUCUUUUGUCAGCUUCCUCAAGGCAAGCAAGGUCUCUGGCAGAGGAUGCUUUUUUCCACCCAUCUAUUAUGUCUGUCAGCUACUAUUCCUUCGAGCACUGUUUUGCUGUCUACUCGCCAUUUUUUCUGCCGGUUUCUAUGCAUGUUGUGCUUGCAGCUCUAAGCGAACGGAGAAGAUAUAGAAAAGAAAAGUCAAAGUAUCUAGCUUGGAAGGCUAAAGCAAACGCAGCAUCUUGAGUUUUUCUGUGGAUCGAAGAUUGAUAUCAAGCAAAGGCUCCAACAGUUGGAAAGGAAGAUGCCGGAGGAAAUUGACAAUUUAUUCACAUGAGAAUCCACAAUUUUGAAACACAUUAUACAUGCUUGUAUCCGUAGCAAUUACCUGAUGUCAUAUGCCGUAGAAAAUUUAUCGAGCAGUGUUGAAUUUGAGAGUAUUUCUAUAAGCACAAGUUUUGGAUAUAUACCGAGUGUUGUUGGUCAGUGACGAAACAACAGUUCAUGCUAAAACGCAGUGUGUAUACUUGAUGCCAAUCUUUUCUAGUUCGAUUGAAGACUGCCAAAGGGAAACGAAAACCAUUCCCUUGAAGAUGAAAAUCAACUGUCACCUCGCAUCAAUCAGAAUGUUAAGAGGUAGAUUUGUCACUUCGCAAAAAAUCACACAAAAGUGUUAAAAGAGGCAGAUUUGUCACAUUUACAUUCUCAUUAUUAAAUUUGGCAAUUCGUGUUAUGUCCAUGUUUGAUUCGUGUUUAAACAUAAAAAUUGUCAUAUAAACUCGUAUCGUUAAAAUUUAAACCACGUCUUUGUGUGUUUUUCAUAACAUUAUUUAAAUUACUGGAUCUACAGAACACAAAAUGCGUUGCAUGUAAAAUUUUGCUGAUUCCAUACUCCAUAGAGGGAAGAGGAAACCUGAUGAGACUUCUCCAAUUAGUAAUAAGCAGAAGUUACAAAACAAAAACUGUA